GUAAACGUAAACAAAGUUGCAUUUUUCUCACAAAUUGGAGGAAAAUUUCUUUAAAAAAGUGUAAUUUUAGAAUAAAAAUGGUUCCAAAAAAACCGUUUGCCGCCUAAACACCCUACUUAACCGUAAAACAGAUUGGUGACUCUGGUGUUGCAUUGAAAACCGAAGCAAAAUGGACAUCUUCCAGAACCAGUGUUCGGAGAGCCUCGGCUUCGAUUCCAUGCUCGCCUCAAACCCGAUCAACUCCCCGCUGCAGAGCACCGAUUCGCUGAACUUUAGCUCGUCGCCGUACUACAGUUCGAUUCCGCUGGUCAACGGGAGUGGCGGCGGCAUUUACGUCACCAGCACGGAUCAACCGCUGAGCACCGGUCCGAACGAUGUCGUGCUGCCGAGCAUUUUCGUCAAGGUUCCGAUGCAGAUCAACCAGCAGUACCAGCAGCAGAACCAACAACAAGAGACUUCGUCGCCGUCGUCGUCGUCCCGGACCGGCAGCCAGGAGGUUAUCAAGUGCGAGGACAAGUUGGGAAUUUGCAAGCGGGAGGUCGGAGAUUUGCGGGCGCUGGAGAAGGGCACGGCCAUGGUGCAGCUGCCGGGCAGUGCCCAGAGUUAUAUGGGUGAGGAACGGGUUGGGUCGGAGGCGGAUCAGGGGGUGAGCGAAGAGCUGAGUUUGUUCUGCUGUGAGUUGUGUCCGUUUGUUACGGUUGUGGAGCAGAAUUUGAUGGAUCAUAGGCAAGCGCGACAUCCGAACGGGGAGCGGGACGCGAUCGAGUGGAUGAACUGUCCGGCUUGUGGGAACAAGUUCCGUCAGAGACGGUCGAUGGAAACGCACCUGCUUGAGGACCACAUGAUGGCUAGUUCGGAAGUGCAACUGCUGGUAGAUCGCAGGUUUCCGGGAGGGUCGUCAGAUGGUGGUAACGGUGUGCCACAGGUUUCACAGGUCGUGACUUCGGCUUCGGAGACGCAACCGAUGCAGGUCGCUCCGGAACAGAGCAAGAGUCGAAUCUACAUUAAAAAUGUGCAACUGCUCAAGAAACCGGACGUCAUUGAGCAGGAGAACGUUCAGCAAGAAACCGACCAGCAGCAGCAAGGUCGCAAGAUCUUUAUCCGGAACGUUUCCCUGCUGCAGAACGCCAACUUUAUGCAAAACUCGGUGGACUUUUCCAGUCCGUCCGGUCUACACGAAAGCAAGUACAGCUUUGUCGUUCCGGCUCCGAGUCCCACCAGCGAAUCGCCCCCAAUAACCGAGUCCAGCACGACUCCCCAGCGUAGUAAGAUCUUCAUCCGUAACGUUGACAUCCUGCGGAACCCGCUCAUCCCGAUUCCUCUCCCGCCGGUCAUCGCCUCAACGUGUGAAAUGAGUCGCGCCAGCAGCAGUGAAAGUCUGUACACGACUCCACCUCCACCACAGGUCAUCAGUCCGGCCACGUCCAUCUCCAGUCUUGGACCGCCAACGGUCACGAUGGGUAGUUCCGGGCUCAACAUGCUGAUCAUGCCGAGUGGCAGCAACUCGAGCACGCCCCCGACAACGUGCACUCCGCCAACGAACAUGUCCGUUUCCAGCGGACCAACCGAUUACUCCCAGAACCAAAGUGGACAAUUCGCCCCACCGCGGAAGAGCAAAAUAUUCAUCAAGAACAUUAGCGUGCUAAAGGCGCCGACGAUUCACCUCAAAUCGGUUGACGAACUCAACCUGAUGACGAUCGAUCAGCUGCAGCUGCAGAACCUGCUCCCGCCACUCAACGGCAACUCUUCAACGCAAGGUUUGGACGGAAUUGUUGGCCUGGAAGGGGAUCACGAUCAGCAGCAGCAGCAGCAAUUGCAGCAUCAAUCGAUGGAUGAGGAUUUUGAAGGUUUGCUGGAUGUGGAGACGCCCUCGGAACUGGUCGAUCAUUUUGAGGACGAUGGCGGAGGUGGGCAGCAGUAUCAGGACAUGCAGGGUUGCGAAACGGUUGCGUGUGCUGGCGUGGACGGGAAUGAGAGCGGUGGCAUUCAACAGGAUGUGUAUCAGCAACCGUUUGAUAAUGAUUUCAUCAUUAUUGAGCCCGGCACGAGCUCGACGGAAGAACUUCACUACGAGGGAUCGGCGGACCAUAUGAGACUCCCGCUGCAACCCACCGAAAUGCUGGAUCAUCACCACAUUAGCGGACAUCAUCACCAGCUUCAACCCGCGUUGCCACCGCCAUCACUUCCCCUGGAACAGCCUCCACCUUCGAUUUGCCCAACCACCACCGCGCAGUACAACACCGGCCAAACCGACGAGGACAUCCUGUUUGUGUGCGCCGAGGAAAUCAUCAACCUUGAUCCGACGCCGUCAAUCCCCCACAUCCCGCAGCAGCAGCAGCACGAGUUCCAACAGCAGCUGGAAUUGCAGGAACCUGCCCAGCAGGGCCGCAUCUACGUGUCGGACAAUCUGAUGGAACCACAACCACCAGCACCUUCGACAUCCUGUGUUCCGGUUACGCCGGCGCCACCUCCCCCCUCUCCGACGACUCCCACUCCGAUCGACACGCCUCCUCUGAGCAAGUUGGAACAGAUUGCGAGCGAAGCUCCGGACGUGAGUGAGUCGCAGCAGCAGCAGCAGCAGCAGGAUAAGGAUGGACGGGCUCGCAGUCGGGGACGGCCAAAGGGCGCCAAACAGACCGGGAUUACGAAGCUGAAGAAGUUGUACACGAAUUUGACCCCGCUCGAGGAGGGCUACAAGUGUGACUUGGUGGAUUGUGGCGUACGCUUUCGUCAGCAGGAAACGCUUGCCUAUCACAAGAGGUGCCAUUACGAGGGAGGAGGAGAUGGAGGUACGGCGCAGACGGAUGUGGGGACUCGGUGUCCGGAGUGUGGCUCAUUGGAGUUUCGAAAUUGGAACACGCUCCACACGCAUCUGUGGCGGGAGCAUUCGAUCGAUAUGGAGCUGUACGCGUGCCAUUUGUGUAACUUCAAGACGCCUGUUCUGUGCCGGUUGAACAACACCCACAUGAAAAUUCACAGCGACGUGAAAAAUUUCGUUUGCGCUGUUUGCGAUAAGCGGUUCAAGAAUAACAAGCAGCUUAGGAAUCACCGCAGGUCUCACCGCGAUCAGCAGCAGCAGGUUCCACGACCGCCGGCGCCACCUCGCGAGCCAACGCCGGAACGCACCUCCGGCACAACCCCAGUCAAGUGUGUCAAAUGCGGACUCAAGUUCCCCAACCAAAAGUCGCUCAAAUCCCACGUCGAGCUCCAACACUUCCAGGAAGCGGCAACGUCCACCGCGACCACCGGCGCUAACGACGCAGGUCCACGUCUGCGUUGCUCCCUCUGCUCCAUGAUCUUCAAAACCCGCUACCUGCUGCAAUCGCACGUGGCCAAACAUUCCGACGAGAAGCGUUUCUCGUGUGAACACUGCGACUACUCCACCAACGACCACAACGCCAUCCGGCGGCACAAAAUGCGCCACAACACGAGCGGUCAAAAGUAUCGCUGCUCGUACUGUGACUACACCAGCAUCCAGAGCACGACCUACCGGAAGCACCUCGAACGGAUGCACGCGGACGUGGCCUCGGCCCUGCUCUACAAGUGCUCCCGCUGUGCGUUCGUCUCCAUCAGCGAGGUCAAGUACCAGCUCCAUGUACGAAACGCCAAGCACGAGACGGACGCCGAACAACAACAAGCACCACAACCACCGGAAGAAUCCCAGGAGCGCCACUGCGAAAGCGUCAACUCGGAUGUGGUCAUUGUGGAGGGCGGCGGCGGCGAACGCGCUGACCUGCUUGUCGAGGAGCAACCGCCGCUGGAUGCGUUUUCGUUGAUUGCGGUCGGAAGCGAUGGGCAGCAGGUGCUGCAUCCGAUGAUUCGGCCGGCCGGAUUUGCGCACAAUUUGUCCAAGGUGGACAACUUUUAUGGGUACGCCACGGCGGGGAUGGAUUAUCAGCCGCAGCAGGCGCAAGGGUCGGAACAGCAGCAGUUGGCGAUCGUGACGGAGGGGACGAUGGGAUACGGAGAGGGUUAGAGUGUCCUCGGGGGUGUACCCUUAACGAAAAUGUGAUAUUAGGUUUAAUAUUUAAUGGGUCAAUGUGCAUGCCUACGUUUAUUUAUGUGCAAAUAUAACGCAUAAAUUAAAACAGACGCACGUUUACGA